AUGUCCCUGUCGAGCUAUGUUAUUCUCGCAUACCACCGUCCAAGAGAAACGGUACCCCAGGAGGCUCCAGCAGAACCAGAAGUGUCCGGCAAUCCCUCGGGCACCGAGCACAAUUCGGAGCAAGACGAGUCCGAGCAAUCAAGCAGCGAGGAAGAAAGCCCCAAUGUUGUUGUGCCCGUUACACCUUCUCGAACUCCAAAGAGGCCCAAAACUCCCAAGUCGUCGCGAAAAUUGGAAGUCCUACCAAGUUCGGUGAUGUCGCUUGAAGAAUUCCAAGAUUGCUUCGAUAGGUACGAAAACGCAUCGCCUGCUGAAAACAAACGGCGCCGGGAGGAAGUCACGCCGGGCUAUGCUAGAUGUGUCUGGAAGCUCGAGGAAACCAUUCAAGCGCCGCCACUGUCUUCCCAAAAAAAUAAGGACUCGUUGAACAUGAGAUUUGAUUUAUCAUCGCAGUGA